UCGAUCAUUUUGCGCACUCGUUUUUCUAAGCUUCAAUUUUACAUUUUCAGGUGAGAAAAACACACAACAUCUGUCUGAACUAAAGAAAGACGGUUGAUAUAGAUAGCAAUAAUCAGUCAUAAAGCAUUCAUCUUGGAAUGCCUCACUCAUGGGUUAGGGCCUUUUCUGCCCGAGAGUGCCACCAUUAUUGCUUCAGGCUUUUAUCUAGUAGAGCUUCCUUGCACACCCAUUGGAGUUAUAUAGAUUCUAGCCCCCACUGUAAAGGGGGAGAUAAAAUAUGUUCAUUUUCCAGGUUUAUCUCCUCUGGCACUCAAGUUAAAUAUGGAUCAUCAUUUGAUCGUUUCACAAAGAGAGACAUUGAAACAACAAAUUUGGGUUCAAAAUUCCGUGAAUGGGUCUCUCUAGAACUUCCAGUUGUUUUUCCGAAUGUCAGAAGAUUCUGCACUCUUUUGACUGGAGAAAUGAAAGAUGAAAAGUCAGAUUUUGGUGACAGUAGUGCUGAUGAGCCUAAAGUUAAAUAUUCCACAGAAGAAUCUGUUGAUUUCACUAAGAUUGCUAUUCACAAACUUCCAACUGUUAUUAUAAUUGGACGCCCUAAUGUUGGAAAAUCUGCUUUGUUUAAUCGGUUGAUACGAAGGAGGGAGGCCCUUGUGUACAACACGCCUACUGACCAUGUUACUCGAGAUAUUCGUGAUGGGGUUGCAAAAUUGGGUGAUUUGCGGUUUAGGGUGCUGGAUUCUGCUGGCUUAGAGGCAGAGGCUUCCUCUGGUUCAGUUCUUCAAAGAACUGCAGAAAUGACUGGGAAUGUGCUGGCAAGAUCUCAGUUUGCACUCUUCUUAAUUGAUGCACGAGAGGGAUUGCAGCCAAUGGAUAUAGAUGUCGGAAAGUGGCUGAGGAAACAUGCUUCUGGGAUUAAGAUUAUUGUGGUUAUGAAUAAAGCUGAAGCACUUUCUGAUAGUGAUGGUUCUCUCGCUGCCGCUGCAGGUGAGGCAUAUAGAUUAGGAUUUGGAGAUCCUAUUGCUUUAUCUGCUGAAACUGGAUUUGGCAUGGCUGAACUUCAUGAAACACUGCGGCCAUUACUUCAGGAGUAUGUGCUUCAAAACUUAAAUGAUUAUGAAGAUGAAGAUAAUCAGGAGAAAGAAUCCUCUGAUGACAUGGAAGCCAAGUUGCCAUUACAGUUGGCAAUUGUAGGGCGGCCAAAUGUUGGAAAGUCGACGUUGUUGAAUGCUAUAUUACAAGAAGACCGUGUUUUGGUUGGGCCAGAAGCCGGUUUGACUAGAGAUUCAAUCCGGACACAAUUUCAUUAUGAAGGGAGAACUAUUUAUUUGGUUGAUACCGCAGGUUGGUUGGGAAGGACGAAACAGGAAAAGGGACCUGCAUCUUUGAGUGUAGUGCAGUCAAGGAAACACCUAAUGCGGGCUCAUGUAGUUGCAUUGGUCCUCGAUGCAGAGGAGAUUGCCAGAGAUAGGCGGAGCAUGAAGCAUGUUGAAGUAGUGAUUGCAAGGAGAGCUGUGGAGGAAGGGCGGGGUCUGGUUGUAGUUGUAAACAAGAUGGAUCUUCUUAGAGGGAAACAAAACUCGAAACUCUACCAGAGUGUUGUCAAAGCUGUUCCUGAAGAAAUUCAGACAGUAAUACCCCAGAUCACAGGAAUACCUGUUGUGUUUGUUUCGGCACUUGAAGGAGAAGGGCAAACUGAUGUGAUGCGUCAGGUUGUUGAAACAUACAGAAAAUGGUGUCUAAGAUUGCCAACUGCUCGUCUCAACCGCUGGCUACUCAAGGUGAUGAGCAGACAUUCAUGGAAAGAUCACGCCGCUCAACCCAAGAUUAAGUACUUCACUCAGGUGAAAGCGAGACCACCAACGUUUGUUGCAUUUGUAAGCGGAAAAAACCGGCUGUCUGAUACAGAUCUCAGGUUUCUAACGAGGUCUUUGAAAGAAGAUUUCGAUUUGGGUGGCAUUCCAGUAAGGAUAUUGCAGCGGACAGUUGAAAAAAGUUGUAUGAAUAAAAGUUGUAAAAAGAGCAUGCAAUCUAUGGGGGGGAAAGUAGUGGAAAGAGUAGUUUCUGACAAAAGGAGCAUUAUUUCCCUAGAAAGCAACUCAUGAACUAAAUAUAAUGAUAUUAACUCAAAUUCAAAACUCUAUUGUUGUUAUAGUCAAUAUCUUUCCAUUUUCUUUCU